UGUAGUGAAAAUGCUAUUUAACAGACCCGUAAAAUAUAUAUGGAAACUUUAUUUAAAUACUAAUACGUAAAGGUUUUUUAUAUAUUGUUAAUUAUAAUACAUUAUUUUGUUAAAGUCUAAAUGUAGUUUAAUUUUCCGAAACGAAUCGAAUUUUGCAGUUGACAAUCCUGAUUUACUGCCAACCAUAGAGUUUGGUGGCUGUGUUCUGUGUUUGGGUCUGGAGAAGGUAGAAGAUGGCGUUUGUUGAUCGUGCUUAUUCUGGCCUUUCAAAUAAUAUUCAUGGAGGUUUUGAAGUUCCUGACUGGCUCUCAGCAGAGCACAGCACUGGAACUUCAAUCAUGGCAGUUGAAUACAAUGGAGGAGUUGUGAUUGGUGCUGAUUCUCGUUCUACAACAGGAAGCUACAUUUCAAACCGUUUUACAGAUAAACUGACUCAAAUAACAGAACACAUCUAUUGCUGUCGAUCUGGGUCAUCUGCUGAUACGCAGGCAAUUGCAAAUAUUGUCAGAUAUCAUCUAGAUUUCCACUCGAUUGAGCUUGGGGAGCCCCCGCUAGUGGAAGCAGCGGCAAACAUUUUCCGUGAACUGUGUUACAACUAUCGAGACUCACUGAUGGCAGGAAUAAUCGUUGCUGGCUGGGACAAGAGGAGGGGCGGUCAGGUGUAUUGUGUGCCUCUUGGUGGGAUGUGUGUAAGACAGCCAUUGGCAAUCGGAGGCUCUGGCAGCACGUACGUGUAUGGUUAUGUCGAUGCACACUUCAAGAAAGACAUGUCCAAGAAGGAGUGCUUGGAGUUUGUCACCAACACUCUGGCCCUUGCAAUGAGCCGUGAUGGGUCAAGUGGUGGUGUUGUACGGCUUGCAGACUUAACAGAGAAAGGCAUCGAGAGGUUCACUGUCCUUGGAGAUCAGCUACCACGUUUCUAUGAAGGAUGAAAUGAUAAUACUGUUGUGUGUUUAACAAUGUUUUAAUAAUCAAUACACAUUUGUUUGGAUGUAUGUCACAUAAUAAAUUAUUGUGGUGGACACUGUCA